AUGAUACGAAAAAAGUCCAACCAAAACCCCAAUCAAAACGAGAAUAUUAAUGCAUCUACCGGUGCAACAAACAACAUAGCAAAAGGCAAAGAAAAAGAGAUAAUUAAUGUUAUUGAGGAGUUGAAUAUUAUUAUAAAAAGUUCUGAACAAUUAAGCGUUAAUUUUCAAGGCGAAAGUCAAGCCAGCCAAACCGAUUUAGAGCGAUAUUUUGAAGUCAAAGAAAAACAAAAUGAAAAGUCUAAUAAUGAACUUUUUCACAUGACGCCCCACGAUCGCAAAAAGUUAGCUGAAGAGUUUAGCGGAUUAGACAGGAUUUUAUAUGAGAAAUUAGAAGCAAAAACGGGAACGAGACAAACAAAAACAAACGAAUUAGUGAUGGGCCAAGUCAUUUUUAGCGUUGUUAAUACGAUACCUAUUAUAGGAAAUGCGGUGCAACUGGCUUCCACUAAUGCUCUUUUUUCUCUUCUUGACAACGAAAGGAUAGCGAAUGAACAUUGUUUCACUGUUGCUGAAGUCAAGGAAAUUAUUAACCAAUUAGGAGUUUCUAAUAUUGUUGAUAAUACGGAAAAAUUGAAACAAAUCAAAGAAACUGUUAUGGAUAUAGAACAAGAAUUUUUAACCCGAAUAACCAACUUACAACAACAAUUACAAGAAGCCAACACUAGAGCAGAAAAUACAGAAAAGCAAUACCAACAGCAAGCCCAAGCCGCAGCCGAGGAAAAACGCAAAAAUGACGAAAAACGACGCAAAGAACAGCAACUUUUACAAAGUAAGGAAAAAGCCGAAUAUGAAGCCAUUAAACUUACAUGA